AUGACCAUGACUUCGCGACUCGAGACCCAACCGCCGCCCACGCCAACAUACUUGCUUUCCUACCCAAAAGAACAUGUACUGCUCAUCACCAUUAACCGGCCCAAGGCCAUGAACAGCCUUCCAUACGCCUCUCAUUGGGAAGCAGAUGCACUUCUCCAAUGGUUCGACAGCGAGCCCACACUUCGAGUGGCUGUGAUUACCGGCAACGGAAAGGCCUUCUGUGCAGGGCAGGACCUGAUUGAGCAGAAAGACUUGGCAAACAUUCGAGAGGCGGCAGCAAGAGGGGAGAAGGUCGAGAUACCUGACAGGAGGCUGCUCACCCAUCCCGUGAGCGGAUUCAUGGGCGUCAGUAGGAGAACGGGAAAGAAGCCAGUGAUUGCGGCUGUGAACGGAUGGGCGAUGGGUGGUGGGUUCGAGAUAUGUCUCGGAUGGUAGGAUUGCAUUUGGGGUGUAUGAAGACAGUGGGCUGACCGUACCCCUCCAGUGACAUGAUCAUUGCUUCGCCAAAGGCAGUAUUCGGUCUCCCCGAAGCUAUGCGCGGACUCUACGCCGGCGCAGGUGGCCUCUCGCGUCUGGUGCGUCUCGCAGGCAUGACAAUUGCUUCCGAGGUGGCCAUGUCGGCUCGUUUUCUAUCUGCCACAGAAGCGGCACAGUACAAUAUCGCGAACCGAGUGUCACAGACGCCCGAAAGUGUCGUCGAUGAAGCAGUCGAGCUCGCAGCAAAAGUCGCUUCUCUGAGUCCGGAUGCGAUCAUCGUCACCAGACAUGGACUCCGAGCGAGCUGGGAGCAGGGCAGUGUGGAGAGAGCCAGCCAAGAAACAGAACUGCGCUUUGGCAAGGCACUCAGGGAGGGCGAGAAUAUCGGUAUUGGUCUGCGGGCCUUUGCCGAGAAGAAGCAGCCCAAGUGGGUGCCGAGCAAGCUCUGA